GCUCCAACGCUGAUGCAAGAGAUUUUCUUCUCCGCGGUGUGGGACCGACCGAGCGAUCAAAAGUAGCCACAUUUGUGUCAUUUACAGCCUGCAAACAUGUCAGGAGACGAGAUGAUUUUCGAUCCCAACAUGACCAAGAAAAAGAAGAAGAAGAAGAAGCCCUUCAUGCUGGAUGAAGAAGGAGGAGAAGGGAUGGGAGGAGAGGAGGCCAAAGAGGUGGAGGCCAAGGAGGCUGAACCAGAGGCUGGAGAGGAGAAAGAGAUGGAUCUAGAUGAAGAUGAAGGCAGGAAGAAAGAGCCGUCUGAUGAUUUGAAUGAUUUGAACUUCUUCAAUCAGAAGAAAAAGAAGAAGAAACCCAAGAAAGUUUUUGAUAAUGACAUCGAGGAGGGUUUGAAGGAGCUGAAAAUAGAGGGAGAGCAGACGGAGGCACUGGAGGAGGACAACCUGGAUCUAACGCUCCUCCCCAAAAAGAAGAAGUCAAAGAAAGUGGACUUUGAUGAGGGCGAGCCUCUGGAGAAAGAUGACGCACUAGAGGAUGACGAGGGGAAGAACAACGACGGGAUCUCAUUCAGCUCAUCCACAGGACCGGCCUGGGCGGGCUCGGAAAGAGACUACACUUAUGAUGAGCUCCUGAACCGAGUCUUCAACAUCAUGAGGGAGAAGAACCCGGACAUGGUGGCUGGAGAGAAGAGGAAGUUUGUGAUGAAGCCUCCUCAGGUGGUUCGAGUGGGAACCAAGAAAACCUCCUUCGUCAACUUCACAGACAUCUGUAAACUGUUGCAUCGUCAGCCCAAACAUCUGCUCGCUUUCCUGCUGGCUGAGCUGGGAACCAGCGGCUCCAUAGACGGAAAUAACCAACUUGUGAUCAAAGGCAGAUUCCAACAGAAACAAAUAGAAAAUGUGUUGAGAAGAUAUAUCAAGGAAUACGUGACGUGUCACACCUGCCGCUCCCCAGAGACCAUCCUGCAGAAGGACACUCGUCUCUAUUUCCUGCAGUGUGAGACGUGCCACUCUCGCUGCUCCGUCGCCAGCAUCAAGACCGGUUUCCAGGCUGUGACGAGCAAGAGGGCGCAGCUCCGCGCCAAAGCCAACUAGCGGCCAUUCAAGCUGGGCCCCGCCCCCUCUCGUCCCCGGCCCUCACUUUUUCCCCCUCAAAGAGGGCCGAGGCGGAGGCCGGACGGACGGCCCCUCGACUUGCUAAAAGGACUCGCUGAAUUGAACUGCGGGAGGGUUGGGCUGUUGUUUGGGUGUGCCGCGGCCUGGGCAGACAGGGUGAGAGAGUAACGCUCACAGGACGGGGUUCAGGCAGCGCAAGAUGAUGAUGAUCACCACAUGCAUUGUUGGAUGCAUUUGAUUUGUUAGACUGAUGAACCCUCCACCUACUAGUUUCUUUUUUUUUUUCUUUUUUUUUCCCCCAUUUGCUGUGAUUCAUGAUUCCUCCAAAACAACCCCGAUUUAACUCAGCUUCAGUCCUCGUUGCAGCUUUUGUUUUCCCUGCUUUACACCCACAGUCAGGAAUUUCUCUUCAGAUGAGCAUUUCUACACACAACCAGUCAAAUUGUAGUGAAGCCAUUUAGUAUCCAAAUUGGCAGCUUGGUUGCUCUGGUAAUUACAGCCACAGCGGCUUUCUUCCUGGAAUCAAUGUUGCUUAUGCUCAACAUUGGGCUUUUUUUUUCUGGUUUUGCCCAAAAUAACUAAACUGGCCAUGCAGAAUGUUUUGCCUGCACAUUGUAAAGAAAGAUCUGACUCUGCGCUGGAAUACGAGCAGGAAAAUGUCUCUGAGAGGCUUUUGACAAAGCGACGCUUUGUUUUGUGAAGCAGAGAUGAUCAGAUGAGCUACUUGAGGCUUUUAGAGGGAGAGCACCAUUAUUCCAACUGUGAUGUGGAAGUUGAGUGUGAGACCGAAAUUAUACGGCACGUUUGCUCUCUUGGCAAUUGUGAAUUUCCUUGACAUCAAAUGAGCAGAUUUUAAUAGAAAGUGGAGAUUCAGCCAGAGCAAUUCAAGAAUAAAAAUGUUCCUUGUACUGAUAUUACCCCCCUAAAAGUAAAGUCUAUGAACCAUCCUCUGAGCUCCUACAGGUUCAUGAUUCUUCCAGUAUGAUUCAAGAAAUUUGCACCACAAACACAGAUUUGGGUUUAUGUUCAGUGAUGCUGGCCACGUGAUAUUUGGUUCAGUUUUUGCGAGGAAUUUGGACGUGAAGGUCUGGUCAGAAACAUUUUAAAACCUGGUUUUUACAAAAAUAAAAUAUUCUACUCUCUCUCCAUCA